UCAAACAUCCUUAUAAAACCCAAAGAUUUUGUACAAACACACACACAUUGAAACACACACUACAAAUCCAGCACAAACACACACCAAAAGAACCUCAAAACCCAACUUUGCAAAAACAGGAAAAAUCAUUCCUUUUACUACUGUCACAUAUAGAAUUCUCUCAUCAUAUAUCAUAAAUCAUUAUAAUAUCUAUAUAUAUAUAUUUGGUUAGCAUUAUUUUGUACGUUAUCUCUACAAUCAUUACUGUCUCGCUUGUGUGGUGGUGGUGGUUGUUGUUGUUUAUUACUUAAUAAUAAUAAUAAUGUAUGGAAACAACAACAAUGAUCCUUCCUUUUCUUCAUCAUCUUCACUUGAAUCUGAAGACAUGUCUUCUUUUCUCCAAACUUUUCUCAGUAAUUCCAACACAAACACUAAUAACAGUAAGCCGCUGAAAUAUGACCAGUUUACGCCUUCUCCGUCUCAGAUUUCUAAUGAAUUUGUUGAUUAUGAUAAGAGAUUUUCUGAUCUCAGCUCCUUUUAUUCGCCCGAAACGGAUCAGGUGCAAAAGAUGGGGGAGGGGAGUCGAAAUUCAGGCGGUUCACGUUCUACAAAGAGGACACGGGCAGCAGAGAUUCAUAAUCUAUCUGAGAAGAGGAGGAGAAGUAGGAUUAAUGAGAAGUUGAAAGCAUUGCAGACCUUGGUUCCAAAUUCUAACAAGACGGAUAAGGCGUCAAUGUUGGAUGAGGCAAUUGAAUAUCUAAAGCAGCUUCAACUUAAAGUGCAGACGCUUACUAUGAGAAAUGGGUACUGUUUGCCUCCUGUAUAUUCACAAGAACAUGAAAUGCAGAGGGGAAUAGGAAUGGGAUACAAUGAAGGAUACAGAUUGCAAAAUCCAAGUGAAGGGGUUGCGGCUUUUCCCCAAAACCAAGGGUUCUCAAUGCGAAGGGACUUUGGUAUGCCCAGCCACAUUGGUGUGCAACCAAACAUAAUGAAACCGAAUCCUGUUUUUGGUUCAGAACUAGCAAAUGAGAAUCAAUAUGGAUUCACCAAUCAUUCUACAUCUAUAAAGGACAUCAGUAUGUCAUCCAAGACAGUAUCAGGAAAACUUCCUUCACCUGGCGUUUCGUCAUAACCCUUGUGUCUAGAUUGGAGGAGUAUAUAUGAGAUGACAGAUGGCUAUGUUUACUAGUAACAUUCACUUGACUAUGUCGGUAUCCUUACAGCUGCAAAGACAUUAAUCUCUGAUUCCUGACCUUUGUUAGUAAUUUAGUAUAAUAAUUAAGAUGAUGGCAUUUGUAACUUAAUACAAUUAAUCUCCACGCAGAAGCAUAGAGAAGACUGUUUGGAGCUUAAUGAUUCAACAUUCCUUGAUGAUUUAAUCUUUAUGACUAUUUGGCUGACUUUGCAUAAAGCUUGCUUAUUCUAUGUUAA